CAGGUCAUGGCCCUCUCUAGGCAUUCCCUUUACCUCUAUGGUUCGAGGAGCAACUCGGAAAAGCAAUAAGAGUGCGUUCUUUUCCGCGCAUGCGCUUUGGACGUGCGUAGGGGGGGCGCUGUCGCAGCGAACUCACCGCCAAGAUGGCGUCGCUUGUUGUGGGGCGUUUUCUCGUUUGAAGUGCUGCUGACAUCGGAGAGCCCCGUCCUGUCUGAGGGGUUUUUCCGAUAGGCUGAGAUCCCUAGAGUCGGAGCGGGAAACUAAAAAGCGCUUGGCGUGAUCACUGUUGUGGAGAUCCCUCACUGCGAAGAUGAACCCUAACGCUCCUUUCGGUUUACAGCCGCCUGGCGUUUUUCAGGCACCAUCUAGCAGUUCUUCUGGAAUGAUUCAGGUUCAGCCACCGCUCCAGUUUGGUCAGCUCUCCCUGUUUGGGCAAAACAGUGGAGGAGUGGUAACGAAUCCAGGCUUCACACCCCCAUCUGACUUCACAGGACCUUCGUUACUCCAGGCUUCUGCCCAACCACCUUUGAGAUUUGGGCAGCCGCUGCGAUUUACACAGCCCUAUCCUUUUGGGCACCCUGCGUCCUUUGUGGCUGCUUCCCCGUCGACCAGCUCUUCCAUCGCUGGCAAGGAAGGAUUCAGUUUUAAACCACCUAUGAACCUUGGGACUUCUCAGGCGCCUCCUAAGUUUGGAAGUACAUCCGGAGAAUCUUCGGGCAGUGCUUUUGCGGGGCCAGGAUUUAGCUUCAAAACCCCUGAUAAUGCAGUGUUCAAACCUAUCUUUGGCACCGGUGCAGAACCGGAGAAAUCACAAAGCCAAACAAUCCCACCUCCAUUCACAUUUUCCUUCCCCGGUGGGAGUGGGUCUGGAAGACUUGCCCCCUUUGGCAUCGCUCAAGAAACAAGCGGCUCGAGCCCUAGUACGCAUUUCAGCUUUUCAAAACCAGCAACCAGUAGUACCACUUUGUCAGCUGCCGUCCCUGUCGUUCUGCCUAUCAAGACUGUGGAGGAUGAUAAAAAAGGACCCAUAAAUCCUUUUGCAACUCCAAGUAGCAGCUUUUCUUCUUUUUCUCAUCCGUCUGGUGGGUCAAGCAGACUCGAACAUGAAGAAUUUGUCGGUUCAGGUGAGCCCGUCGAGCAGGGAACUAAGAGAAAGGAAGAGCAGGAUCAUUCCCCAAGGAGACGGGAUUAUGACGCUGCAGACGAGCCGGAGCUCCAGUCAAGGAACGACCAUUCUUCCAAUAAGCGUCCGGUCAGGCUGACUCGACCUCGUGUAGGGGGCCUCUUCAGUGUAACGUUGCAAGAUGUUCUGAAAAGCAAUAAAGAGGGUGGGCGCCCCAAGAGAGAGUCCAAAACGGAGAGAGUCCUCCUAGAACCCGGAGAGCUGGAACAGACAAGUAUAGCAGGGGGAAGCCAGUCUGGUUCCGCUCUGGCAAGGCCGCCUGUGUUACAGAAAGAGGAAGAAAAUAAAGCAAAAUUGAAGGAAAAUCCUUCAGUCCCAAAUAUGUCACUUCGAAAUCGGAGAAGCGAGAGCACAGAAAGCUUAGGCGGCUUGCCGCUGAAUGAACUCAAAGCUUUCCAGUGCAAAAAUAUUCCCGAUUAUUUAAAUGACAGAAAUGUUCUCGAGAAUCACUUCAAGAAGUUUGUAAAAAUCCAGCGUCUCUAUACCAACAGGAGCAAAAAGCUAGCGGUUGUUUUUUGUUUGGAUCAUGCAUCUGCUGCUUUGGCUAGAAAGAAAGCCAAAGAGCUACACAAAGAAAUAGUGACAUUUUGGCACAGAAAGAAAUCAGGUCAGAAUAAGAGAGAGUUUUCAUCCAAGGAGCAGGCAGGAGAGGCGCAUGAAGGGAGGCAAAAAACCGACCAACCGAGUUAUCAGCGUUCCUUGCAAAACAAGUCUUUAAUCCGAUCCACAGCUGGUGGAAACCUGUUGAGCAAAAGCUCUCCAGCUAAGAAGUCUGGUCUUAAAAAGUCUCUGGAGUUUCAAGCGGAUACCUUUGAUUCUGGGUCUGAAAGCCACGGUUCUGAGAACUUGGAAGUAGCCGCAUCAUGCCUAAGUAAUCUUAUAGGAAUGGUAGUGGAGUCUUCUGAGGAUAAAUACCGUCUUCUGGACCAGAGAGAUAAACUCAUGCGGCAAGCUCGAGUAAAACGAAUGGAUCUCGCCCAGACCUUUGUUGGAACAUGCCCAGACAUGUGCCCCGAGAAAGAACGAUACAUGAGGGAGACGAGGAACCAGCUCAGCAUUUUCGAAGUGAUUCCAGGGACAGACAAGGUGGACCAUGCAGCUGCGAUCAAGGAGUACAGCCGGUCGUCAGCAGACCAGGAAGAGCCUUUGCCCCACGAGCUGAGGCCUUUGGGAGUGUUGAGCAUGACCAUGGACUACUUGGUCACUCAAAUCAUGGACAAAGGAGAAGGGAACUUCCGGGAGUGGUACGAUUUUGUCUGGAACAGGGCUCGGGGGAUAAGGAAGGAUAUAACCCAGCAGCACCUCUGCUGUCCUCUGACAGUUUCCUUGAUCGAGAAAUGCACUCGUUUCCACAUCCACUGUUCCCACCACCUGUGCGAAGAGCCCAUGUCCUCCUUUGACGCUAAAAUCAACAAUGAGAACAUGACCAAGUGCCUCCAGAGCCUGAAGGAGAUGUACCAGGACCUUGCCAACAAGCAGAUUUACUGUAAGAAUGAAGCAGAGUUCAGGGGAUACAAUGUUCUCCUAAACCUCAACAAGGGAGAUAUUCUCAGAGAGGUCCAGCAGUUUCGUCCAGAAGUGCGGAACUCCAGUGAAGUCAGAUUUGCGGUUCAAGCCUUCGCUGCAUUAAACAGCAAUAAUUUUGUGAGGUUUUUCAAACUUGUCCAAGCAGCUCCUUACUUGAACGCGUGCUUGCUUCAUUGCUAUUUCAGUCAGGUGAGAAGGGAUGCUCUGAAGUCCCUGAAUAUUGCUUACACCGUGAACACGCAGAGGCCGACCAUCUUUCCACUGCACAACAUUGUUCGCAUGUUGCUGUUCAAGGAUUCGAAGCCUUGAGCAAUUUCAUAGAAGUUACUAUGAAGCGGCGUGUCUGAAGGUUUUGUGGAGCUGAACCGUUCCGCCUUUUUGGAACCAGAAAGCUUGCCCAAGCCAAAGAAGUCCCCAUUUGUUAGCCAGAAGCUCACUGGGCUGGUCGGGGAAAUUGUCUGCGGGGGACCUCUGCCGGCCACGCCUUGUCACGUUCCUGUGUGCAGCUUCAAUGGGCAAAAUAAAUACACCGGGGAGAGCACUGCGGUUGAUUUGGCCCCCAGUAGUCAGAAAGUGAAUGCUGAUGUCUCAGAAGCCAGAGCAGAAGGUGGUGAUGUGGACUCAGGGACACAACAAGUUCACCUUCCGGUUUUACCCCUCCAGCCAGCCCCCGUGCCUUCUGUUGUGGUCUCCGCUUUUCAGCCUCUUCCACAGCCACUGUCUCCUCCUCCGAAACCUCAGCCUACUUAUUAUGACACGGACAUUGCGGAAGUAGUCGAAGAGCUUGUGUGCGACGUACUGGAGGCAGAAUGCAGAGAAGUCAGCAGCGCAGGAGCAGCGUAUGCUCAUUCAGCAAUACGGAUCUCUGAUGCUACUGCAGAGGAAGUCACGACCGAGAUGACUCUGGAAAUGUUGAGGCAAAUUUCUUCUGAUACUUUGAACGCAGAAAGAGAGAGAUUUGAGGAGGAAAGACGGAAGGCCGAAGAAGAGAGACGGAAGCGAGAAAGAGAGCAGACCAUCACCACGUUGAGCCUGUCUUUGGGUGUAGAAUUCACAGAAGUAGUAGUAAAAGAAAUCGCCAGAGAGAUUUCAACCGAGGAGUUAAAGUGUGCUGUGGAGAAAGACCGAAGAGCGCGUGUUGCUCGCUGUUCAAAGGAAGUGUGUUCCGAAAUAGUGGGAGUGUUUCUGGAAGAUGAGAUUUUCCACUGCGCUAAGGAAACUCUGCAAGAACUCCAGUGCUUCUGCAAAUACUUACAGCGGUGGCGGGAGGCCGUCGCAGCCCGGAAGAAGCUGAAGCGUCAGAUGAGAGCAUUCCCGGCCGCUCCGUGCUGUGUGGACCCCAAAAACAAACUGAGGGCCCUGUUGCCCAGCGCAGAGUGCCCUAUUGCCAGGGAGGACCUGGAGAAAGGGAUGGUGGACCUGGGGCACGCAGGGAGGCUCGGCACCUCCUGUUGUAGGCUGGCGCAGCUACGGCAGAAAACAAACCACCAAAUAAAAGUGCAGCAUUUUUAUCAGCAGUUAUUGUGUGAUGCCGCGUGGACUCCGCUGGAUCUGCCGUCCUUGGUGGCUGAAAAUAUUCCAGAGCUGCAAGAAAACGUCUUUUGGAAGGUACUUUUGAUCUUGCCAGCCUAUGAGGAAUUCCCAGCAGAGGAUCCCAGCAGAAUCCUAGCAGACUGGUUGAAAGCGAAGUUCGCGACCAAUAAAAAAUCCAAGCCUGCCGCUUCCGUGGCGGACGACGGACUCCAGACGCUGGCGUUACAGACCUCUCUCCAUGCGCUAGGAGAUCAAGUGGUAUGUGUGAAUGUCUGUGUAAAGGUGACUCACGGAAUACUCGGCCUCCCUGAACUGGAUGACACGGAGACUCCGAAAGAGCUUCUUGGCACCAGCGGGCUUAUUCUCCUGCUGCCUCCUCAUGAAAGGAGCGAAGACGUUGCCGAGGAAGAUGUUUAUUGGCUCUCAGCCUUGUUUCAGUUGAAACGGCUCCUGCAGGCGAAGCCUCUCCAUCCAGUGGUGCCGCUGGUGGUUUUUGUUCCAAGCCGUGGAGAAGAAGCCACUGAGAAAGAAGUGGAAGAAGGGUUGAUGCUGCCGGAUUUGAUUUCAGCAAACCUUGUUUCAGACUACAUCGUGGUUGAAGUGCCAGAUUCUGUCAAUGACUUGCAAGGCACCGUCAGAUUGACUGAAGCAAUUCAGUGGCUGGUUGCUCAGUGCCCCAGUUCCCCCCAACUCUGCUGCCAGACGCUCAUGCAGUACGUCGAAGACGGCGUCGACCGGGAAUUCAGCCAGUAUUUUUACCAAGACAGGAAGGAAAGGCAUUUGGCUGGCUUGCCCUCCCAAGACCCCAGUGCCAUUAUAGAGCUGUACAACAGCGUGGUGCAGUUCCUGGCUAAAGUUGCAUCUUCGGAAGUACUCUGUGACCUGUCGUGGCCUGUAACUGAAUUUGCAGAGCUGGGGGGUAUCAAAGCCCUUCCCCAUCUGCAGUGGAACACACCCAGCCACUUGUCUUGGCUGAAGAAAGCACUCCUGUCGUUUGAGAUCCCACAAAUGGAUCUCCCUCCUUUGGGUGCUCCCUGGCGCCCUGUUUGCACCAUGAUUCUCCACUACUUGUCCCAGACUGCCAGUUCUCCUCAGACCCAAGCAGUGCUUCAGUCUCAGAUAGAGAGCUUGCUGAGUAAAGCCUACAUCAGAUGGAGGGGCAGAGUGCACGCCAGCUCAGAAGAAGGCCCUUCUGUGGCGGAGAUCCCUUGGGAUAGCAUUUUGGCACUUUGCAUCAACCACAGAUUGAGAGACUGGAGACCUCCUCGCUUGCCAUUAGCACCUGAAGCAGUGAGCAGAGACGGUCAGAUAUAUGUGUAUUAUGUAGAUGAGCACUUGAGAAAAUUCGUCCGCCCUUCCUUAUGGGAAGAAGCUCGACUGAGAACUCAGAAAGAGGUCCAGCAAAAUCAAGGAAGGUCUGUGGUCAAGUCCCAGGUUCUUCCGCUGCCUUAUUCUCACUCGUUUGCCCCAGCAAGAUAUGAUGGUGAUGUGAGAAACACAAGUGACGAGAAGCUGCAGGUUUCCCGUGGAGCGGAUCUUACGCUGGCUGUUUCCCGCCUGGAUCAUCUCCCUGAGCGCCUGUCUGCCAAGCUGCAGCUAGAAAUGACAAAGCAGGGUAGGUUUGAUGAGCAGCUGGAGCAAUUUUUAGUAAACGACUCUGAGCCGUCAUGGGACCCGCAGUCUCUUCCAGUUUACCUACCUGAGGCUCUAGUAUCCAUGCCUCAGAUCAUCCCCCCGGUGGCGAAAACAUCCGUGGCGAGAAGCCCAGAGGAUGACACCCAGGUGCUGAAGGACACCGACACCUCCCUGGCUCACAGGUUGAAUUAUCUGAAACGCCUGCUCAGGGCUAACCACGAAGAGGAAGUGGCUUGUGGACUUCACUUGUCUACUGUGCUGGACAUGCCAAAUGCCUGAUCAAGAGCAGACUAACCGUGUGAGGCACGUGGGACCUCAAAGGAGCUGAGCAUGACUUUCAGACCUUCAGCAAUGUGUUUCAUUGCUCAACAGGAAAGCCCAGCCCCCGACCAGAGAAGAUGAUCACUUUCCUGCAUGCUCUACUUAAGCCCUGAGCAAAUCUUGUACUCACAACGAGGCCAUGAACAAUAGCCAGAACGAGUCGUCUGCACUGGUAUAUGAUUGUCUAACUAAAACACAGGUUUGCUUUGUUGUAUGGAUCCAGUUGAUUCAAUCAAACAAAUUCAGGAUAUAAAUGUGUGAUAAUGAGUUAAUACCAAAAAAACCUGGCAAAUUCAAGAAAGAGAAGACGCAGCACCUCUACAUCUCUCUGCUCCGUAUGUUGACUUGCUGAAAGUUGCGUAAUACUGUUGUGUAAGUGGUGUUGGCUGUCGGAAUUUUCUCGACGGUCAAGCCAAACUGGUCUUUGAAUUAUUUCUUUGGCAAGUGUACUUGAAAGGAAGCUCCACCAAACUCAGUGGAACCUCAGAGUAAAGCUCCACAGGGUGUGCUUUCAAGCUGUGCCCCUAGGCCUGCCUCUGAAGAGCUUCUGUUUGCAGUGAAUCUAGCGAAUCACCCAGCCCUUGGAUUGGUUGCCUUGCAACCAAGAUCCGGCCCAAGAUGCCACUUACACAGAUGAAUAUUUUUGUCCACGUAGGGGUCUUUGAGAGCCCCGCUUUACAGAUUAGCAUAGAAUUAACUGUGUGUACACGAGGCGAGUUUCAAUCAGCUGGUAAUCUGCACAAGGGAUUGGCACUGAUUCCUAUGCAGAUUAGAUAUCCUAUGCAGAUAUUAGAUGCCAGUUUCCCUGCCCAAAUUGGAAUAAGUAUUGGAAUUUGUCUCAAAAGAUUUAGCAACUUUUGUUCUGGUGAGUGGGAGGUGAAACCAAGGUCCUCAUGCUCCAUGUUACAGAUCUAAUGUUCUCAGCAGAAGUAUCUCAGGAACGGGGAAGAUAUUCUCCAGAAAUCUGAGGGGAUUUUUGAUUCGAAAGGGUUACCAUAAAAACAACCUCAGUCCUCAAGGACAGAAGGGGCGAGCAAGCAUCCAAACCCGCUUGACUCUUAAAAUAGUGGAGGUUUUCGGAAGAGAAGACGAAAUUGGUUAUGCAGUUUCUGGCUUUCUUGCAGGCAGGAGGAGGAUCCCAAAGAUUAUACUAGCGAUGUAUUAUUUUAAUCAAAGACGAUAGAACAAUACACGAUAUUUUGAUUUUUAAUAAGUCAGUUCUCAGAGGGCUACCCUUGUUAGUGGCAGUGUCGUAACUUGCACCCAAGAUACAAAAUUUGAGAUGCGCCCCUCUGCAACACUCACCUGAAACAGGUAAAAUCUCUCGUGCAUCUUCAGGGUAUGUGUGUCGUUCACCUGCAGGUGGAUAUUCCUGUCCCCUACAUCUUCAUUAACGUAUGGAAACAUUCAUUGAACUUUUAUAUUACCCACAACCCUGGGAUACUCCGAAGACAUUGAGUCUCAUACCGAGUCUCAUACUCAGUAUGAGAGCUGGUCAGAAAUUGUUGCCAUUUUAUGGAUGUUUCUUUAGAAGCAAAAUUUAUGAAUGCAUAUAAUGUGUCUUUCAACGUGUGUGAUUUGCAUUGUUAUCAUUGGCAUAGUUUCUUUUUUAGUCAUGAAUAUUGUGGGCCAGUGCUUUUAUUUAUCCUGUGCCAGAUGUAACUGUGGCAUUGCCCUGAUAUUUUCUUUUCGGUGUUUAUUUCUGCCUUGGCACACUAUGUUGAAUGCAGGACGUGCUUUAUUGGCCAUGUGAUGUAGAUAAAUACAAAGAAAUGAGAUUUUAAAUGAUGGAUGUAAAUACAACCAAUUUGAGUCAUUUUUAAUAAAAUGUGAGAAUAUUUUUCUUAACAUGACUAUA